UUGAAGUUUCCCGGAAUAUUAAAGGCGUCUUCAAACGACUUUAUCGUGAAAUUAGAAGGAGAUGAGAGAUUAGAGUCGGACUGGCGACAUCGGCGUGUCACAUAAUACUGUAGAUCAUAAACAAUGACGAUUUAACAAACGAUCGACACCGCGGCUUUCAUUUGUUUGUUUGUUUUGUUUGUUUGUUUGCUCCCCCACAUGGCGACAGAUCUGAGGCUGGAGUCGAGCCUGUGGAUCGGGACUAAACGGUACCGGGCGGUUCUGACAGGCUGGUACUUCAACUGGACCGAGGUCGACAAGAAGAACCGCGAUCAAACAACAAUCUCAGUACCUGUGGCCGAGGUGGUGGGAGUGGAGGAGGGCCGGGUGGAGAUCCUCCCCCAAAAGUCAGUUGAGGACACAGACAAAGACUUCACAGUUUUCUAUGUUAAACGUAGCAGCGGUGGUGGCGCUUAUGGGUUACUAUGGAGACUGGGCCGGAUCCAGUUCACUUGUUCCAGUCAUGUCCUCAGAGAUCAAUGGACAGCACAGAUAAGACUGGCUCUUAAAACCCACAGUCCCAUGCGCCCUCACAGGCUGCUGGUGUUCAUCAACCCAUUUGGAGGGAAAAAGAAAGGAAGGCACAUCUACCAUUCUCUGGUAGCUCCUCUGUUUGAGCUGGCUGGCAUCAGCUCUCAUGUAACUGUCACAGAGCGGGCCGGCCAGGCCAGAGAUCACCUCCUGAAGAAAGACCUGACGGGCUUUGAUGGAGUGGUGUGUGUGGGUGGGGACGGCAUGUUCAGUGAAGUACUCCACGGUUUGAUUGGGCGAACACAACAAGAGGCAGGGCUUUGUGAGAGUGAUCCUGCUGUUACUUUACAACCUUGUCCGCUUCAUAUCGGCAUCAUCCCUGCAGGUUCGACAGACUGCGUGUGCUUUGCCACAGUGGGAGUGAUCGACCCUAUUACUUCAGCUUUGCACAUUGUCAUCGGAGACUCACAGCCACUGGAUGUGUGUUCCAUCCAUCAUGCGUCUGCUGUGGUGCACUACUCCGUGUCUCUGUUGGGCUACGGCUUCUAUGGUGACGUGUUGUCUGAGAGUGAAAAACACAGGUGGAUGGGGCCUCUCAGAUAUGACUAUUCAGGUGCUGUGGUGUAUCUGAGCAACAGGAGCUAUGCAGGCAUAGUUCAGUAUCUCCCAGCGGACCCACUGCUCUCCAGCCCUAGAGAUAAAACACGCUGUCUCUCUGGGUGCAGUGUGUGCUCCAGGAGCACAGAAAGACUUUUCCAGCCCUCUCCAGACACUGGCUCCCUGUACGGCUCCCAUUUCAACGUGUUCAGCAGUGACUCAGAUGGUGAGUGGGUAAGCGUGCAGGGCAGGUUCAGGUGUGUGUCUCUCACGUGCAUGUCCAGCUCUUGUCCCAAGAGUCCUCUGGGACUUUCUCCCUCAGCUCACCUUGCUGAUGGAACCGGGGAUCUGAUCCUGGUUUGGGACACUCACCCGCUGAGCUUCCUUAACUUCCUUUACAGACACACGAACACGCAGGACCAGUUUGACUUCCCUUUUGUGGAGGUGCACCGCGUGAAGGCCAUACGUUUCUCUCUCCCUUUUUGCAAUGAGGAGGUGCGCCGUGGAGACGUCCGAGGGAUGGGUGCUGGGAUUGAUGAUAAAGACACAAAUUACACGUCCACUUUUGAGACUGUUAGCAGGAAUGGAUCUCAGCAGCACCUGGCAGAGAGAGCGACAGACCAAGGAGUGACAAAGGAGCAGAAGGAGGCGUCUCCUUAUUUGUGCGGUCUGUGCUGCAAGAAGACUCCCACUGUGUCCGUGUGGAACUGUGAUGGAGAGAUAUUGCCCUUCACCGAGGUCCUCUGCAGGAUUCACGGGCAGAUGGUGCGUCUUUAUGCCAGAGGCAUCGAGGACCAAGCAGCUGUCCAUGGCAGCAAAGAUGAAAGGAAAAUGUGGUGAAAGGAGAAAACAUUCUCAGCAAAUAGUGAAACGUGAAUCUUGCAUUUCCAACAAAGCUUAUUUUAGUUUUUUGGAAAUGUAUUGAUAACCAGUCAGCUUUGCAGUCUGUCAUAUUUAUUUCAGGUAUGAAUAUUUAGGGUUUUUACAUUGUAGCAAUAAUGAAAAUAGCCUAAGAAUGUUUGUGUUUUUAAAUACUAUGCUUUCAGUAUUUAUAUAUAUAAAAAUAUAUAUGAAUUAAUGUAACACCUCUAUGGUGCAGGUCAUCUGGAAAACAAACAAACAAAAACAGUCAAUAUGAAAUAUUGUGUACUGAUUGCAUGUGCAUUUUUUUUACUCUACGUGUACUGGAGCUUCCGGAGAAUGAAAAUAUAAUGAACUUCCAGGAGCUGGAUUUUAGUCAUACAUUAAUUCAUCAGUGCAAUGAAUCACUGAAACUGAA